AUGUUCAAAAAAGAAGAUGAGAUGCCCAAGGGCGCCUUCGGGAACUUUCGAGAAGUGCAGGCCCGCCGGCGCCAGCGGCGGCGGACGGACCGGCAGGGCGCCGAGGUCGCGAAAAUCCUCGUGGCGUUCGACCGGCGCUGCGCGAAUGGCUGCGACCGCGCGGCGUUCGGGGCCAUGGUCGGCGAGGUCUUCCCGCAGCUCGGACCGCUGGACGGCGAGGCUGUUGAUGCGGCCUUCGCGGAGUGCCGGCGGCUGGCGCGGCGCGCGCCCGAGGCGCUUGUGGACGAGGACCCGCACGAGGCGGCGGUGGACCUGGACGACGUAUCCGAGGAGGACGCCGACGCGCCGCCGCCCGCGCCGCCGCCCGUCGCUGUUGUAGAGGAGGCGACGCCGCUCGCGACGCCGCGGGACGCCGCCGGCGUUUUGUUGAUUCCGCGGCACCACGCCGUCGCCGUCGCCCGCCGCUACCGCGACUUCGUGCAGCAGCGGGAUUUGAUAAAGAAGUGCUGGACCGCGUGCCGCGGCGGCGCGCGCAUCGACGCGUCCCAGCUGCAGACGGCCCUCACGGUCGCCGAGCGCAAGUUCGCCGCGGACCGGGAGCGGCGCCACCCGUCGAGCGGCGCGCAGGACGUCGAUGAGGCGACGGCCGCGGACAUUCUGGGGCGCGUCGCCUCCGACGGCGACACCUUGGAUAGGAACGACUUCCUCCACGCGUUGGUGUUGUGGCGGUCGACCGCGCGGGCGCGGGACCGGUGCGUGCGAAACGAGUCGGCGUGCUGCGUCCUGGCGUAG